AUUAUAUCGCUCAUCUCGCUCCCACCAUAGAGAAUAUCGGAAUACAGUUUUAACUAUCAUAUAUAUAAAUAAAACGAAAUAAAUAAAUAAAUAAAUAAUGGGUUCAUAUCUUGACUUGGACCACAAGUAACCUCUCUGUAACAACUCACCCUGGCUUCUGUGUACAAAUGGAUGUGAUCUUCGAUCAAUCAAAUGGAAAAUCCUUCUCGAUUGAAGUGGGUUUCUUUGAUACAAUCCUAGAAAUCAAGCAAAAGAUAGAGAAGUACCACGCCAUACCCAUUUCAACCCAAACCCUUGUCUUGAAUAAUAAUCGCCAAGUUCUCCAAGAUGAACGCUACGUGGGCGACUACGAAAUCUUCCAAAACUCUCACAUCCGCCUCAUUAUCCCCUCCGAUAAUUCCGAUACGCCCACCACCACUAACGCCGAUGCCGACAUUGACGCCAACACCAUCAUGAUCGACGUUGAUGAUCAAGACUCCCCUCCUCCAUUAUUUUUCAACAAAAUUAUUAGACUCAACUUAAAGAUUCCUACUCCGAAACCCCACGUGGUCCCUGUGGAGAUGGACUUAAACGACACCGUUUCGUCAUUGAAAGAGAAGAUUCAAGAGAUAGAGCCCUCUGUGGUUUCGGCCAAACGUGUGGUUCUUUACUCAUAUUCCUCUUCGGGGCUUGUGGAGUUGAAAGAGAACCGUUGUUUAAGUGAAUGUGAACUUCGUGAGAACGCUGAGAUCGAGGUGAGUUUGAUGAUGAGGACGUCGACAGUAUUAGGGGCGGGUUCAAAGAAUAAUAAUAAGUUGAAACUGACAGUAAGAUCCAAGUGCGAGAGUAGGAAGGUUAUCGUGGAGAUGAGCCCAAGUGAUGAUGUGGUGGAACUGAGGAAGGAGUUGGACAAGAUUAGACAGAGAGGGGUUCAUUUUCCUCUUCCCUCAGAUGGUUACUUUUUCAUUUACAAGCAAACUGUCAUGGACGAAGAUAAGUCCUUUCGAUGGCACCACGUCUCCCAUGGUGAUACUAUUGACAUUUUCAAUGGUAGCAUUACCGGAGGAUCUUGAUUAAUUCUUCUUCUUAAUUACCCUAUACCUACUGCAUUAAUUGCCUUUAAUUUUUAUUUAUUUUUAAUUAUUCAUAUAUUAGAUUCUACCCCCUUUAAUUUCCCCCAUUCAUUCUCUAUUAAUCCUUCAUUGCCAUAUCCCAAUCAUCAGUAUUUUUAUAUGUAUAUAUAUAUAAUGAUAGAUAUAUGGUGUUCGUAUAUUGGUUCCUAAAACUGAUGGAGAUUCCAAUAAUAUGUUAUAUGUAAAUGUUAAAUCAUCUUGCAUAUUUUAACAUUCGAUCUAUAAUAUUUUGUCUAUAAUUAAC